ACCUAAAGCUGCAUGACGUACCCAAUAUCUCCACACUUCCCGGAAAAAUGAAGGCAUUGCACAGUGGAGUGCCAACCCACCUAAAUUUACGACUUUGCCACUCCACCCAGCCCUCCCUCAAAGUAAAACCCCAAUUACUUGUUCUUCUUCCACACUUCCCAUCUCUCCAAACCCCAACGUUUCACUCAACUUCCCUCAAAUUGACCGCCUCUUUCUCAUCUGGGUCUGCAAGCAAAGCAUCAAUGGCAGCUUCUGCCCCCUCCACGGAGGCAGAGACCAAACCCUUCUCUGUCCUUUUUGUGUGCUUGGGCAACAUCUGCAGAAGCCCAGCUGCCGAAGGAGUCUUCACGGACUUGGUCAAGAAAAGGGGUCUGGAAUCCAAGUUCAAGAUUGACUCUGCUGGCACCAUUAAUUACCAUGAGGGAAAUCAAGCGGACCCAAGAAUGAGGGCAGCGGCUAAAAGGCGUGGGAUUGAGAUAACAUCUUUGUCCAGGCCAAUCAAGCUGCCUGAUUUUCGAGAUUUCGAUGUUAUUCUUGCAAUGGACAAGCAAAACCGAGCUGAUAUUUUGGAGGCAUUUAAUCGGUGGAAAUUUAGAGAACCACUGCCUGAGGAUGCUUAUAAAAAGGUCAAGUUAAUGUGUUCUUAUUGUAAGAAACACGAUGAAACUGAAGUGCCGGAUCCUUAUUAUGGUGGACCUCAAGGUUUUGAGAAGGUUUUAGAUUUACUUGAAGAUGCAUGUGAAUCAUUGUUGGACAGCAUAUUGGCUGAGAACAAGCAUAUUUUGGAUUCUUAAUGAUCCCUUCUCAGGAUUUGGGCUGGUAAGUGAAAUGUCCAUUAGUGCAGAAUGCUUGUUACUAUUGAUGCAAAGCAGCUAGCUACUUGUUUGCGAUGUGAAGUAGCAUUUUGUUCUCUAUGUGAUCAACAUUCUCAUUUGUAAGUGAUUAGUAGCUUCAGCUUCCAUCUUUCCUAUAUUGACUGCUUCAUCAA